AUGUUUGAUAAAGUUAUGAUAAAGAUGAAACAAAUUCCAGAACUCUCUCCGGAACAAAGAGAAAAGUAUGGAAAGGAACUCCAAUACAUCAAAAAUUCCGUCGAUAAUCUCAAUAAUUCAUUGAAAACCUCUGAUCAGUUAAAUUCUGAGAUAGAAAAAGUUCACGCCAAAUGCCUCGACUUACAUAAGUCAGUUGAUACAACUGCAGCCCAAUAUGAGCAACUCAAUCAAGCAAUUUUAAGAUUUAAGACUUGCAUUACUGAUUUCAACAAUUUGAACACAGACAUCGAAAAGGCUUGGAAUGAGCUUGGUGAAGUAGAGCAAAAGCUUAAAAGUAAACAAACAACUGAUUCCAAAGCAAAUUAA